UGGGCACACAGGUGGACCGGGAAGGCGGAGCUUGGAAGAGCAGGGAGGCGGGGCUGAAAGUUCCUUAACCCUGGGAGUGGAAGAAGCAGCAGGUGCUGUGAUAAAACAUGUAUAAAACGAACAACAAGACGCUCUCCCUCGUGGUGGGCAUCUUCUCUCUCCUUAACACCAUCCAGUUCCUCAUCUUUGAGUUGAACCACAUUACGUACUUUGGCUACGAGGACAAAGUCAGUAUCUACAUGGACACAAAAUCUGAGCUGGUGUCUUGGGUCAUGAUCCACAAGAGGAGCAUCAACAUCAUCUCAUCCACCAUCACCCUCGUGUUCAGCGUGUUGCUUCUCUAUUGCAUCCGCGUGAACAACUACGUGGGGCUGCUGUGCUAUGCCCUGUGGAUCAUCACGUAUGAGCUCAUCAGUGUCUCCGUGACCGUGAUCGUCAACGGCAUCAUCAAAGAUGAGUUCAAGGAGGUGACGUACCUCCACCUGAUCUUCCAAAUCUCCCGUAUGCUCCUGCACUUCUUCUCUCUGCCUUUUGUCACCAAGUAUACCUACGUCCUUUACAAGGACCCCAAGAUUUCAGCUAAAAUAGGCCGCCACAGGCACUCCUCCAUCAGUACUGUCGAUUCGUGGCGGCCUGUCGGGCUGAGAACCUUGUACCGCAAGUUAAACUGAACUGUGCCAGGAAGGAGAGAAAUAAAUAAACAGUGCUCCCCAGCGA